UACUAAGGUUACAUACGUACUUGUAUGUAAUCAGCCGGUGCUUGUUCCCGGCUUCCGAUCAUCUCUCCAUCGUACUCCGGUCCAGCAGUGUUUACCUCCUACAUAUCUUUUCGUGGCAGCGGAUGGCAUUAUCUGCACUUAUAAUUCAAUGAGCAUUUCGUGCAUACGUUUUUGCCAGACCUUCCAACGUGCUUAGUUAUCUAUCCUUGAAUGCGCCGCCACGCCGCCGCGGGAGCUCCUUCAACAGCCUGCCACCCUGUGAGAGGGGCGGCUUCGUAACUUGUCUCUCACAUACUGGUCAAGAUGUUAUCAGUAGUAAAGCGACCCCGCGUUGCUUCUGCAGCGAUCCCACUGUCAGGUCCUCGCCGACGAACCUUCUCGGUCUCGUCUGCCGUUCGAACAGCGCCCCGCCGUACCAGAGACCUGUCGUCGAGCUUCUCCAAUACCUAUGACCCGGACGAAGAGGGGCGCGGGCCCAUGUUCAACAAGAGCACAUUCGGCGUCCCCCGGUUUUAUCCUCGGGACCUCAAGAAGCGUGUAGAUGAGUACGUCGUCGGACAAGAUCGAGCCAAGAAGACGAUAUCAGCGGCAAUAUUCAAUCACUACCAGAACAUAAGAAGGAGGCAUCACCAAGAGGAAGAAAAGCGCAAGCGCGAAGAGAAGGUUCUUAGGAGGAACGAGGCGAGAGACAGAUUCGUGCGUGAGAGUAAUCCGACACAUCCUGUCGAAGACGAUGAUUUCUCCGUACAUGACGAUUCGGCUUUGCAUACCCACCAAACAUGGCAACAUAGAGAAGAGGUGGACGACUUCUACAUACCAGAAGACACAAGCCGGCCGCCCCCAGUGAAAAUCGACAAGAGCAACCUGCUCCUGCUGGGGCCAACCGGAGUGGGAAAAACAUAUAUACUAGAAACUUUGAGCAAGAAGAUCAACGUGCCUUUCACGAUUUGUGACUGCAACUCCUUCACACAAGCGGGCUACAUAGGCCAAGACGUCGAGACUUGCAUCGAACGCUUACUGAUCGAGGCCAAUUAUGACAUCAAGGCUUGUGAGCACGGUAUAGUGGUCUUGGACGAGUUCGACAAGAUUGCGAAGCGCGAAACGAUGAACGGCCGAGACGUGGGUGGAGAAGGUGUACAGCAAGCUCUUCUCAAGCUAGUAGAGGGGACCAAGGUCACAGUCAACGUCAAAGACAACCGGUCAUCCCGCUCUGCAAGUCCUAUAACGACAAAUUACAGUGGACCUGGAUCGACUUCAUCCAGCUCCGGUCCUCAAGCUCAGCCUCCACAGUCGGGCAAGGUCGAUCAAUACACGAUCGAUACAUCGAAUAUAUUAUUUGUCUUUUGUGGUGCCUUUGUCGGACUCGACAAAGUUAUCAUGAACAGGGUCGCUAAGCCAUCCAUGGGUUUUGGCUCCGAGUUACGCAGUCGCUCGAAUGAUUCCAAGAACCAUCCAGACCUGCCUUUGGAUUUAUUCAAGCACCUUCCACACCGGUCGCCAAAUGCGGAAGAUGCUUCAGCUCUGACGGCUUUGGACCUGACAACACCUGAAGAUCUCCAGGGUUUCGGCUUCAUUCCCGAGCUGAUUGGCCGACUUCACAAUAUUAUCGCUCUAGCACCGUUGUCUCAAGACGACCUGAUGCGCAUCCUGACGGAGCCGAGAAACAGUCUGGUCGCACAGUACACGGCCCUCUUUGAGACAUAUCCUUCCAAACUAUUCUUCACGGAGAAGGCGCUGCGCUCGGUAGCUGCACGAGCUGAGAAAUCACGAACAGGCGCUCGUGGUCUCAAGAUGGAGAUGGAGCGUGUGCUAGCCGAAGCUAUGUUCGAUGCGCCUAUGCCAUAUGUUCUGGUCACCAAGGCUGCGGUUGAAGGCACCGAUAAAGUCGGCUACUGGGGCAAGGACGGGAGAUUCGAAGUCGAGAGACGCAUCAAGGACGAGGAUGGGCAUCUACCUGGCGAAGAAGCUAAUGGCAGGGAAGUUCUCAGCAGCACGACUUUUGAGCAGUACCGCCAGGCGGGCGAGAGUGGUGCGUAGCGAUCUGGGCAAUAAUGAGCGGUGCACAUGGAAGUUUUGGGAUGGCAAGGUAGCAUCGACUAAUGGCAUCAUGCAACAGAGGCGUUUCGGGGCUGCUUGUUUGGACUGGUGGCAUGGUACGAAUUAUGACGGAUGUCGAUGGCUGUAUAUAGUAUGAAACCCGAAGAGGCGUAAUACCUGAAGACGAUAUUGAAUAUGACGGUUAUGAACAUUGA